UGUGUUGCAUUGUCUUGCUGGUCCACGGUCUGGUAGUGAGUCAGCACGUGAAGGAGGCUGCAGUGCAGUGCAAUUAAUCACAAAAUGGAUCAGUUCCGAGGAUUAUUUGUCAAACUGGACCGGAACCAGGAUGGUUUCAUCUCCUUAUCAGAGCUUCACAGUGAAAUGAGCAAGCAUGGCAUCUCAGUGGCAGAUGCUAAGGUGCAGAAUGUCAUUGACUCCUAUGACAACGACAACAACAGCCAACUGGAUUAUGAUGAGUUUCUCAGCUACAUGAUGGACCGAGAGAAGAAAUGGAAGAUUUGCUUUGACCAACUGGACAAGAACAAGAGCGGGCUGAUUGACCAGGACGACAUCAUAUGUUUGUUUAAGGAGUUAGGAGUGGUCAUUUCAAAGGCCCAUGCCCAUAAAGUAAUACAAAUGAUGGACACGGACGGCUCCAUGACAGUGGACUGGGAUGAGUUCCUGCAUCAUGUCAUCCUCAAACCUGUGGACAACAUUGGAGAGCUGGUGUCCUCAUGGAAACACAGUCUGGUUUUCGAUGUCGGCGAGAGCCGAGCUCUGGCCAUCGAAUUUCCCGAAGAAAGUUCUGGCUUCAGUGCAUGGAGGAAGUUUGUUCUCGGGGCCGGUUUGGCUGACGCUGUAUCCCGGACCGCCACGGCUCCCAUUGACCGCCUAAAGACCCAGCUGCAGUUUUACGGAUCCAAGGCUUUUUCGCGAGGCUUCCAUGAGCUUCGUGUCGGCGGCCUCCGUUCCAUGUGGCAGGGCAAUGCUGUCAACGUAUUGAAGGGGACGCCGCAGUCCACACUCCAGUGUCUCAUCUACGCUCAGAUGAAGGUGUCUAUGCAGGGCAGAAGUCGGGAGAGUCUGAGUGUCCAGCAGCGCUUUGGUUUGGGUUGUGUGUCCGGUGCUGUGGCUCAUGCUGUCUUCUACCCUCUGGAGGUUCUGAAGGUGCGGCUCAACCUUCAGCGAGUGGGUGCAUACCACGGCGUGGUGGCCUGUGCUCGCUCAAUCUACCGAGAUGAGUCUUUGUCCUCGUUUUACCGAGGAUUUAAGCCCAGCAUCCUCUGCAUGAUCCCGUAUGCCGGCGUAGAGUGUGCAGUCCAUCAGUCUAUUAUGACCUGGGCCCAGAGUGAUCCAUCAUACAGUACCGACUCCGGGCUCUUCUUCUUUAGUUUCGUGGCAUUUGCUUGCGGACAAAUGAGCAGCUACCCUUUGGCAGUGAUAAGAACGCAGCAGCAAGCGCAAGCUGUCCGUUUUGGCUCACACGCCGCGUCGUCUGGCCUCCUGCAAGGACUUAUCGGUAUAUACGAAAGACACGGACUGAGAGGGUACUACAAUGGAAUGGGAGCCAGCUUUGUUCGGGCUGUUCCGUGUGCCCUGAUGAACUUCACCUUAUGCAGAAUGUUUGAAAACCUGUUCUCCUCUACUGGCACAUGAGGUUUGGCAGAGGUGUUGAAUUUUGUGUCUAGCAAAAUCAAAAAAAUAUGCAACUUUUGCCUUGUGUUAGCACGGGGUUCCAGCAAUAAGUCGUUCGUUUUGCUAAGAUCAGAUAUUUUCUCAUUAUUGCACAAGCAAAACACUUGUUUUACCCACGAAUGAACGUUGUUAAAUGUGUGUAAUGUCAACGUCUUAGUGAAGAGGUCCCCACUGCAUGGAGCCAUUCUUUCCAUGUCAUGACGCCAUCUAUAAAUGUGUGUACAGUAAUGUGUAUAUUGUCUCUAACUGCCUCUAUAUCGAACUGGGAAAAACUGGAUAACCUCUCUGUCAACAAGCAUUUG